UCUGCAUGUGGUCUGAGUUUAUAACUCUAUAUAUUGACAACGAAUCGAAGGAGUUCAUAAUCUUCAAAUCUAUCAGAGUUGUAGUUAACUAGAUUUCUGAAAUAGUGUCCACAUGAAGUAUGUGAAGUUGACUUUCCAUUACUUAACAGCUAACCUCUGGAAACUCUUAAUAAUUCCUAUUGUAAUUGGAGCCUCUCAGAUGAAUCUUGAUCACAUUCACCAGCUCCGACUCCAAUUCAAUUACAAUCUGGUUUGUGUCAUCACUAGCUCUGCUAUUCUCAUUUUGGCAUCCACUGUUUACAUUAUAAGCCGACCUAUACCCGUUUACCUUGUGGACUAUUCCUGUUAUAAGCCCCUCCCCUAUUUGAAAGUCAAUUCCCAAAAGUUUAUGACUCACUCCAGAUUGACUGGGGUUUUUAAUGAGUCAUCACUCGAGUUUCAGCGCAAGAUUCUUGAGCGGUCUGGCCUUGGAGAGGAGACCUAUCUCCCUAAAGCAAUGUAUUCCAUUCCAAUGAGGCCAUCAAUGGCGGCGGCGCGUGAGGAGGCGGAGCAGGUGAUUUUUGGUGCAUUGGAUAAUCUAUUUGCAAAUACUAUUGUCAAGCCUGAGGACAUUGGAAUUCUUGUUGUGAAUUGUAGUUUGUUUAAUCCAUCUCCUUCAUUAUCUUCUAUGAUUGUUAAUAAGUACAAAUUGAAUGAGAAUAUUAGGAGUUUUAAUUUGGGGGGUAUGGGGUGCAGUGCUGGAGUUAUAGCUGUUGAUCUUGCUAAGGACAUGUUGCAAGUUCAUAGGACUACUUGUGCAGUUGUUGUUAGCACUGAGAAUCUUACUCAAAAUUGGUACCUUGGGAACAAGAAAUCCAUGUUAAUACAAAAUUGUUUGUUUCGUGUUGGUGGGUCUGCGGUUUUGCUCUCGAACAAGCCAUCGGAUAGGCGUAGGGCUAAGUACAAGCUUGUGCAUGUUGUGAGGACUCAUAGAGGGGCUGAUGAUAAGGCACUUAGGUGUUCUUAUCAAGAUCAGGAUGAUGUUGGCAAAACUGGGCUUUCAUUGUCGAGGGAACUCAUGGAAAUUGCUUGCGGAGCUCUCAAGACUAACCUUGCAACUUUGUUGCUUCGGCCCUUUGUUCUGCCUAUAAGUGAGCAGCUUCUCUUCUUUGCUAGUUUCAUUGCAAACAAGUUCUCCAAUGCCAAAUUCAAGACUUAUGUCCCGGAUAUCAUGCUCGCUUUUGAUCAUCUAUGCAUUCAUCCUGGUGGAAGGUCUGUCAUUGAUGAAGUUGAGAAAAAAUUGCAGCUUCUACCAAUUCAUCUUGAGGCAUCUCGGAUGACACUUCACAGGUUUGGCAACACCUCCUCCAGUUCGACUUGGUAUGAGUUGGCUUACAUUGAGGCAAAGGGUAGGAUGCGAAAGGGGAAUCGUGUCUGGCAGAUUGGGUUUGGAAGUGGUUUCAAGUGUAAUACCGCAGUCUGGGAAGCACUCCAUAACGUAAAAUCUUCUCCCGGAAACCCAUGGGAAGAUUGCAUUCAUAUGUAUCCGGUGGGAAUCGUUUGCCAGCUUAACCACGAUUUGUGAAAGACGGACUUAACCUGGAGUCAUCAAGAUAAUAGUUACUCUAUCUAUUAUGAAAACUAUGUAAUUUCUACAAGGAUUUGGAGGGAUAAGAGGGCCGAAAACAAAGUAUGAUUGUCUUUUUUGAAAGAAUUUAUUGUAUGAUUUAAGUGUAAGAUUAUUUGGACUUAUCAAUGUCAACUUAAAGAACAAGCAACUUGCUACUCUUGAUGCAGAACAAGCAAUCGGACUUGUCUUUGAUAUUUCAAUUAGGAUUCCCAGUUCAUUGAGGGAACUUACAUGAUUAAACAUACCUCUCUGCAUUAGGUUAUGUACAUGAAUCAGGAAUGUUGUUCCUAUUGCUAAUCGGUAUAGGAAACCUUUAUGGGAAGGUACCUAGACUCGUUGGCCUAUAUAAGGAACCACUUAGUCCCUGCUCUAGCUAUCAACACCAACAAGAGAAUACAUCGCUCUGCCCAUUAGAGAACUCUCAUCAAGGAUAGCUCAGAGGAGAAGAAACCAAGUGCACUACAUUAAGGAAGAUCAAUUCGUCAUCAUCUGCAAUGGCUGCAGCUCCAGGUAUGUUUGUGUUCUUACGUAGAGUACAAGCAUGCAUAUACACAUAUACUGUUAUGAUUUGAUUUACAUUAAGCUCCAUUUUAUGUAACCGAAGAAUUCAUAGUACUAGCAAGAUUGCCCACGCGUUGCUGCGGGGUUCACUAUUCCGAAUGAAAUGAAAAAAAAAAAAAAAAAAGUGUUGAUUGAGGUGAAGAUGUUUGUAUAUUGUUAAUAUGAUUUAGGUAAGAAAUAUUGCAUUUACAAAUAUUAGAUACAUUACAUGUCUACAAAAGCAAAGUCCAAAAGCAAAGUAAGAGAAAGAUCCUUCUAGCUAGAAUGAUCAACACAGUUCCGGCCGGGGUAGUGGUUGC